AUGGAUGCUACGCAGGUGAUCAGUGACUCAAUCUUGGAGUCAGAUGAGGAAGAAACUGAAGAGCAGACUAGAAACAAGGAGAGUAGGCCCGUGGCUAAACUGUGCAUCUUAAAAAAUCCACACAUCCCAGAGACAGAGUUGCCCCUCUUUUUAGGAGAUAAUAUCCUGGGCCGUGACCCCAGCACCUCCACGCUGCCAUUUCCUGCCCCUUCAGUGUCCAAGCAGCACGCCACCAUCUGCAUCUCUGUCUACAAGCGAAGAGGCUGUCGCAGUGAUGUGCACAUAGAGGCUUUGGUGUGGGAUCUCGGGAGCAUGAACGGGACCCGAAAAGGCCGCUUAAAACUGACUCCUAAUGUACGCUAUGCCCUCAGUGAAGGCGACAGCUUGGUGGUGGCAGACAUCCCGUGCCAGUAUGUGAGCUGCUCUGAAGAUUCAGUCUCUUCUCAAGACGACAUAAGGACCCCAGGGAGUAAAAAGGCGGGAGGAAAGGUCAGGCUGGCAGAUGCUUCAGGAGAGGGACAGGGUGACACGAGUACUAGCAACAAGAAAUGUUUCAGUGGCAGUGCAAAGGCAAGGGUGUCAUCAAAGAGGACUCCUGUCAAAGGGAGUUGUCUGUCCUUUGAGGAUACCCCAACCCAGCACCAGGGCAGCUUGGUCCCAGAAUCUGACUCGGAUUCAGACAGCGGAACAGGUGGAAAAGGGGACAAAAACAGGAAGAUCCUAGUGUCUGACUCCCAGAAAUCAAGACUCAAUUCUUCUGUGUUCUUAAGUCCUGCUAACAAAAUUGUCCCUGAAAGUGAGGAUGAAAGUCUCAUGACACCAUCCUCCUCAAACAGAAACGGGUCAUCCAGACAUGUCAGUUUCAGCAUAGAGAAAACAGAUGCAGAUGUUAGCCAACAGCAGCUGGAUACAAAAAAGUCACCCGUAGUAAUGGGACACCCUUUGAAGGAAGAACAAACAGAAGCCAAUUCAAGUCGGCAGCAUGUGAGUCUCGGCAGUAAUGUGAGUCUCACAGGUGAAUCACCCGUGUCUGCGUCGGAAGCCUCCAAAGAUGCAAUUCCUGCAUUUCACAUGGACAGUGACACCGAUGUGGAGGAGGGGGAGGAGGAAGAGGCGCUAUCUGCCGGGCAUCAGGGCUCCGAGGCAAAACAAAAACAAACUGAUCCACCCCCUAACACUGCACUUUUUCACAUGGACAGUGACACCACCGAUGAUGAGGAUUUUUCAGAUAAAGUUCCUAAAAUCAUUCCUUCCUCUGAUGACUCUCCCAAAGCGACCAGUGUUCCUGAAGGCAUCGUUAUGGACAGUGACACUGACAUGGAGGACGACGCUGCCACUACAACCAAAGCCACGUCUCUCCUGAAUGCUCACACAGCAGACGCUGCUUCCUCCGUGCAGCUGAGAGAUUUCCAUUUAGAGAGUGACACUGAUGUGGAUGAGGAAGAGGAGGGGGAUUGUUUAACAUUCAACAAAAACUCUAAAAAAGAGGAAACACCUAUGGAUGCUAAGCUCACCGUGCCGGAGCCUGCACCCGUUCCUCCCCCCGUUCCUCCCCCCGUUCCUCCCCCCGGCCUGCGUCCAGAAAGUGACACAAGCCAUAAAGCCGCCACAAACUCAUGUGCCGCUGCAGAUGUGGGCGCCGAUUUGGAUAUUCUGUCUGACAGCGACACAGACGUGGAGGAUGAUUCUGCUUUGGUUAAACCUGUUGCUGUCCCAACCCUGCCAGCAUGCUCCACUGGCUCUACGUCAGAAGCUCUUAAGUCAGAUUCUGAUGCAAAAACAGAUGAAGAUAAACCCAGUGUGCCCCCGACUGGAGAUGGAGGCAAUCCAGCUGACCUCAGAGUGGACAGUGAUACUGAUGUGGAGGAGGAAGAGGACCGGAUUCUGGCGAAACCUCUGCAGCCUGAAGAGGAGCAGAGCCAGCCGCUCGCCAGCUCUGAGAUGUCUGGUGGUCAAACGCCUUCACAGCUGAAAGGUGACUAUGAGGACUCACUUCCGGGUCCACGGAAAAGGAAAGCAAAGCAGCUUCACCUUGAAGACGAGGAGACGCAACGGCUCACAAAUUCUGAGCUCUCCACCGCGGGAACUCCACCGCAGGCCGUCGGCGACGAGGACUCGGAGGCGACGACAGGCCAGCGCAAAAGAAAGGCAAAGCCACGGCAGCCUGAACAGCCUGAAGUUUCUGCCGUUGAAACUCAGCCUUUGGGCGUCUGCGAAGGUGAGCGAGAGGACGGCGAGCGCUUGAAUCCGCAUCCUCGAAAAAGAAAAGCAAAGCCACAGCAGCCUGAGGAGGAGCAGACCCAACCAAUCCUCAGCUCAGAGACGUCUGGGGUUGAAACGCGUUCAGAGCUGAAAGGUGGAGACACAAACAGUGAAGAUGAGGACUCUGUUUCAGUUCCACAAAAGAGAAGAGCAAAGCGGCUUCACGUUGAGGAAGGAGAGACUCCACCACCCGUUCAUUCUAAAGUCUGUGCAGCUGAAACUCCUGUGGAAAGUAAAAGUGCUGGAAGCAGAGUAACAAGGGCAGGAUUAAGAGAAGCGGAAGAGUGUUCCCUAGCUCAGAGGAGACAGUCAAGAAGGGAAAGUAAAGCACUACCUAGUACAAGAGGAAGAGGAGGAAAAGCCAAGUCUGAUGAUGAUGAAGACCAGAUGAAGUCAGUUAGGAAGACAAGAGGGAGAAAAAAUACAAACCAACAGGUAGAUGAUGAGAGCGAUGAAAAUAAGAGCAGUGCAGAAAAGACCCAGAUGAAGGAUAAAAAAGAGGAAAAACAGAAGGAAACUGAUGCUGCAGAGCGCAGACAACAAGAGAGAGAAGAAGCUGAGAAGAAAAGAAGGGAGGCUGAAGAAGAAGAAAGGCAACAGGCCGAAGAUGCCGAGAGAAUGAAACUUCAACUGGAGAGGGCUGAGAGGGAAAAUAAAGAGAAGGAAGAAAGAGAAGAAAAGCAAAAGUUAGAACGAGAGGAGAAGGAGAGAAUAGAAAGGGAAAGAAAGGAACAGGAGCGAAUAGAAAGCUUGGAAAGAGCAAAGAGGCAAGAAGAAGAGCGACUUGAGAAGGAGAAGAAAGAACUCCAAGCUAAGCUGCAAAUGGAGGAAAGAGAGAAAGUUAAAAAACAAGUUAAAUCGAAAGACAAGGAGGAAGAAGAGAAGACCAAAGCUCCCGCAAGAAGUCGAAGAACCGCUGCGAGAGCAACCGCUACCCAGAGCACCACAGAGCCAGGACCAGACUCCGUCGCAGCUAACGACGACUUCCCGGCAAGGAGAACCAGAUCUCGCUCCAACUCCUCCAACUCCGUGGGCUCGGAGAGGUCUGCGUCGAGUGUGUGCACCCAGAGGAGCGACGGAGGGGGCCGGGGGAGAGGGGCCCCGAGGGGCAGCGACACGCCCAGGGCCAGCCGCCGGAGGACCACCACGGCCGCAGAGCAAAACAGCAACGCCAGCUGUCCUCAGGAUCCCCCCUCCGGGCCCGAUUCAUCCACCCCCAGCAGAGGAAGAGGAGGCAGGCAGCGAGGAAGGGUCAGAAGAACAGAGGCCCUCCUGGACCCCGCUGCUCCUGUGAGGGAUCUGAGCUCUACGGCCAGGGACAGGAAGACGAAGGGGUCCGCCGGUCAAGCUCUCCGUGAGGGGGAUAAAGAGAGGGCAGACUGUCGGCAGGCCGCCGCCAGCAGGGGGCAGCAGGGAGCCAGCGGAUCUGAACCCGCAGCACCAAGUGAUGAUGGACGGCUAAAUCCAGAAGAGGAGCUGGCUACUGAGAAAUCGCUUUCGCCCCAAAGGACGGUCAGGGGCAGAGGUCAAAAAGCAGUUAAGGCUGAACCUGCGGGGCCAGCAGCUCCGGCAGACAGCGAGGGGGGCGAGGUAAGAACCACCAGGAAAGGGAGGAAUAGUCAGUCUGAAGCAAACACGAGAGUGGACAGAACCAAAGCAAACGCAAAGGAAGAAAAGGCAGACGGAGCAGAGGCUUCAGUCCAAGCAAGGAAGACGAGUCGAGCGACCAGCUCCAGGAAGAAGCCAGGAGACUCUCCCCCUGGGGAGGAGGGGGAGGCUGUUGAGAAGAAAGCCAGUGGUCGAACAUCUUUGGUCCAGAGAAGUAAACGGGAGGCUCCAGAAGAAAACACAGCAUCGACAUUGUCAGAGCAGACACGGCGCAGCGCCGUUUCCCGCAAGCGCCACCCACCUGCAGACUCCUCUCCGGUGGCAAAGACUCCUCGUUCCUCUCCCGCCUCCCCAGCAGCAGCCGGACGACUGGGAGCUGGAGACCAGGCCUACAAGGUGCUGUUCACAGGGGUAGUGGAUGAAGAGGGGGAGCGCGUGCUGGCUCGUUUAGGGGGCAGCCUGGCCGAAGGCGUGGCCGAUAUGAACUGUCUCGUCACGGACAAGGUGCGAAGGACGGUCAAGUUCCUGUGUGCGGUGGCCAGAGGUAUCCCGGUCGUCACCACCGACUGGCUGGAAAAGAGUGGUAAGGCGGGGAGCUUCCUCUCUCCCGGCGCCUUUGUUGUAAAGGACCCCGAACAGGAGAAGAAGUUCAGUUUCUGCCUGCAGGACUCUCUGCGGACAGCCAGCGGCCGGCGUCUGCUGCAGGGUUAUGAGAUCCAUGUCACAAAGUCUGUGAAGCCAGAGCCAGUUCACAUGAAAGACAUUAUCUCCUCCAGUGGAGCGACCUUCCUACCAAAGAUGCCUUCUUCUCACAAGCCCCAGACGGUGGUGAUUUCCUGUGAGGAGGACUGGCGGCUGUGCGGCCCCGCCGUGUCCGCGUCCCUCCCCGUGGUCACUGCCGAGUUCAUUCUCGCAGGGAUCCUGCAGCAGAAACUCGAUUUUCACACCCAUGCGCUCCCCGCCCCCCCAGCUGCCCCGCUGCCUUCAGGGGGCAGAGGAAGAAGCAGGAGGAAGAUCUAG